GGGUAUAUAAGGAGGAGCUGCAGAGCUCCAGCAUCAGCGUGGGAUCCGGGAAUAAGCAGGGUGCCUGGCGGUCUCUUUGAAAACUGCCUGCAAGAGAUCAUCAUGAAGUGGCUGAUCCUCACUUUGGUCUGUCUCCACCUCUCUGAGGGGUUGUUGAGAAUUCCUUUGAAGAAAGGCAAGUCCAUAAAGGAAGCAAUGAAGGAGAAGGGAGUGCUCCACAAAUACCUGGAGGAACGCGGUCACUAUGACCCUGCCUACAAAUUCUUCAGUAACUUUGCCGCCUACGAGCCCCUGUCUAACAACCUGGAGAUGUCCUACUUUGGGGAGAUCAGCAUCGGGACUCCCGCGCAGGACUUCUUGGUGCUCUUUGACACUGGCUCCUCCAACCUGUGGGUGCCAUCCGUGUACUGCUCGAGCGAGGCCUGCACCAGCCACACUGAGUUCAACCCCAGCAAGUCCUCCACGUUUUCAACUGAGGAUGAGUACUUCUCCAUAGAGUAUGGAAGCGGCAGCCUCACGGGGAUUUUUGGCUACGACACUGUUAGGCUCCGGGACCUUUCCAUCAAGAAGCAGGAGUUUGGCCUGAGUGAGACUGAGCCUGGCACCAGCUUUUUGUAUGCUGAGUUUGACGGCAUCCUGGGUCUGGCCUAUCCUUCCAUUUCUGCCGGGAAUGCCGAAACUGUGAUGCAGGGCUUGGUGCAGGAAAACCUGCUCGAUGCCGCCAUCUUCAGCUUUUACCUGAGUGGGGAGGAGGGCAGCAAAGGGGGUGAGCUUGUCCUGGGAGGUGUCGACUCCAGCCUGUACACGGGUGACAUCACCUGGACUCCCGUCAUCCAGACUACCUACUGGCAGAUUGGGAUUGAAAGUUUCUCUGUUAGUGGACUGAGCAGCUGGUGCAGCGAGGGCUGCCAGGCAAUUGUCGAUACAGGAACCUCCCUCCUCACCGCCCCUCAGGAGAUCUUUUCUGAGCUGAUGGAGUACAUUGGAGCUGAAGAUGCUGGCGAUGGCGAGUACGUGGCUAGCUGCAGCAGCAUCGACAGCCUGCCCACCCUCACCUUCGUCAUCAGCGGCACCAGCUUCCCCUUGAGUCCCUCUGCCUACAUGCUCGAGAGUGACAGCAGCUAUUGCGUCGUUGGGAUUGAAGCUACCUACCUGUCAUCCGAGAGUGGGCAGCCCCUGUGGAUUCUUGGGGACGUCUUCCUGAGGUCUUACUACUCCGUCUAUGACCAGGACAACAACCGAGUGGGCUUUGCCACUGCCGUAUAAGCCGAACCGGCUCCCACGCUGACCGUGUCGCUGCUUCCCCUCACCCAACAUCGCAGCUCCUCGUGCCUGUGUGUGUCAGAGCAUCUGGAGUUUCUUCCCUUCCUCCAUGUCUGCAAAAUUUACAGCCUCUCUGCUGUGAAAUGUGUAUGAUGGAAGUAUGGGUUUCUUUCCAAAAGCAACUGCAAAGAAAUAAAAACACCGUAAAAAUAAGAUAAA